AUGUCUCCCCUUCAACAUGCUGCUCCCGUCGUUCCCGGCGAUAAGCCGUACGACCCAGAGAUCAAGGAUAUGGCCGACUAUAUCCACAACUACAAUGUGAACUCGGACUUGGCGUAUGACACCGCCCGUUUGGUGUUCCUCGACACUCUGGGGUGCGGUUUGGAGGCAUUGAAGUUCAAGGAAUGCUCCAAGCUCCUGGGCCCGGUGGUGGACGGCACCGUGGUGCCCAACGGAACUCGCGUUCCUGGAACGCCCUACCAGCUGGACCCUGUCAACGGCGCUUUCAACAUUGGCGCUAUGAUCCGCUGGCUGGACUACAACGACUGCUGGUUGGCUGCUGAAUGGGGUCACCCCUCGGACAACCUGGGUGGAAUCCUUGCUGUCGCCGACUGGGUUUCUCGCACAAACCGUGCGGGCGGAAACAUUGCCAACGGCAAGAUCUUCAAGGUCAAGGACGUCCUGGAGGCCAUGAUCAAGGCGCACGAGAUUCAGGGUGUGUUGGCGCUGGAGAACUCCUUCAACAAGGUCGGCUUGGACCACGUCGUUCUCGUCAAGGUUGCUACCACUGCUGUCGUUGCAAAGAUGCUCGGCCUUAGCGAGAAGCAGACCGCAGAUGCGAUUACCCAAGCAUUCGUGGACGGACAGUCUCUCCGUACCUACAGACACUCCCCCAACACCAUGUCGAGGAAGUCCUGGGCUGCGGGUGACGCAUGCCAGCGGGCCGUGAACCUCGUCUUGAAGGUGCAGAAGGGCGAGGGUGGCCUGCACACCGUCCUGUCUGCUCCCGUUUGGGGUUUCUAUGAUGUCCUGUUCAAGGGCAACAAGUUCCAGUUCCAGCGCCCCUACGGUAGUUAUGUCAUGGAGAAUGUUCUGUUCAAGGUCUCCUACCCGGCCGAGUUCCACUCCCAGACCGCGAUCGAGGCCGCUGAGAUGGUUAACGUGAAGCUCAAGGCUCUCGGAAAGACUGCCGCCGACAUUAAGGAGAUCAGAAACCGCACCCACGAGGCGUGCAUUCGUAUCAUCGACAAGCAGUUCAAGGCGAUGGACAACUUCGCCGAUCGUGACCACUGUGUUCAGUACAUGGUUGCGACCAUGUUGGUCUUCAACCGGUUGACUGCCAACGACUACGCCGACGGAUCGGAGGCUGCUACUUCUCAGCUCCUGGAAGACCUGCGCAAGCGCAUUUACUGUGUCGAGGAUCCCCAGUUCACUAAGGAUUACCACGACCCUGCGAAGCGCACCAUCCCCAACGCCCUUACCGUUACUCUGAAUGACGGAACGGUGCUGGAUGAGGUGGUUGUCGAGGCACCCUUGGGCCACCGCCUGCGGCGUGAGGAGGCCAAGCCGGAGAUUCUGGCCAAGUACAAGCGUCAUCUGCAGGCGCACUUUGACCAGGCCCGCAUUGACCAGCUGAUUCAGGUUGGCUGGGACCAGGCCGCUCUUGAGGGCUACGACGUUGACCAGUACGUCGACUUGUAUGUCAAGGACCAGAUGGUGGCAGCUCAGUAG